GUCGUUGCUAUUUUUAUAAAAGAUGUAAAAAGCUCGUUCUUCUCUUGAGGGUCUGUCCUCAACGAAAGGAAGGAAUCUCCCCCACAACACGUGACUCUCAUCGUUUGGGCUUUUGGAAGCGACUUUCUUGUUUCCGAGAUUAUCUUUUAACAUCUCACAUUUUGUUUUUUAUCAUGCCGAAAUUCAAGAUUUUCAUAAAAGCCGACCUAGAAAACGUCACCCAUCUCCGUCCCCAAGAUAUCAACGAGUACGACUGGAAAUUCAAGUUUCGUUGCACGAAAUGCCAAGAAGAACAUGCCGGAUGGGUCACCGUCAACGCGUCGGAAGAGGUUGAACAAUCAAAUACAAGAGGUGUCGCCAACCUUGUUAUGAGAUGCAAGUCGUGUAAAAAUGAAGGGACUGCAAAUGUGUUGGUAGAUACACUUGAACCCUACACGUUGGAAUCAAGUGGGCGGUUUGCGCCGUUGGUGCAGAUCGAGUGUCGGGGGUUGGAGCCGUUUGAAUGGGCACCGGCGGACGGGUGGCAAGCUGAGGGCGCCGAGUCAGAGACACCUUUUACAGAUAUCCCAUUGGGUGAAGGAGAAGAAUGGGCAGAGUACGAUGAAAAGGCAUCUGAGCCUGUGGGUGUCACGGAAUUGGUGGGCAAGGUGGAAAAGGCGUGAGGAAAAACGGCCUCUGGGUUGACACAUGAAACUGUACAUUAUCAAGAAAGGACAUUAUAAACCAUCACCGUGCAAAAACAUCACACAAUGCCAUGAAGGUAUAAUAUACAUUGAUUCAGAAUGCGGAGAAAUAUCGACAGUUUUCCACAUGCUGUCAUACAAAAAUAA